AUGACUGCCUACUACAAAGAAGGAGGAGUCUCUCUCUCUCUCUCUCUCUCUCUCUCUCUCUCUCUCUCUCUCUCUCUUCUAAAUUAUCUUGAAAGCCGGGAUAACCCUUUUGUUCCUGGUGGUGAGCUUGCCAUAGAUACUGAUGACAUUUUGAAGAGAGCUACAAUCGUGCGGGACAAAUUCAUUCUUGAUGAACAAGAGAAGCAGAAGUCCGAGAAUGAAAAGUCAGCUCUGGUCCAGGACAAAACGGAUGGGCCAUCGGAUAAAGACAUUUUCAUCUUUAUAAAUAUUUUCUUCUCUAUUUUUAUUUAUUUUUUUCUGCAUCGUUUCUCACCUCAUGACUCUCCCACUACUCUCCCUCUCUCUCUCUCUCUCCCUAUCCUCUCCUUCAUUAUGCCUCUGCUUUUCUUUUUCCUUACUACAUUCUCUUUCCCUCUUCCUCCUCCUCUCUCCUCUAUCCUCCACUUCUCUCUCUUCCCCUUCUCUCUGUUUUUCCCCUUUUCUCCUACUAACCAAUCCCUCCCCCCCCAGCUGCUCAUCAUCAGGACUAUUACUUCCCCCUCCUCGUUAACUAUUUCAUUUCUCCCUUCAUACAGUCUAUCCAUCUCCAUUCCCCAUCCCUCUACCACCUCUAAGCCCUCUCUUUCCCCCCCCUCUCUCUCUCUCUCUCUCUCUACUGUCUCCAUUUACCAUCUCUAA